UCCCAGCCUGGCGCCGGGGGCGCGCGGCCGGGAGAGGGUUUGACGUGGCAGUUCACAGCCCAGCUGCAACUCCGAGCGUGAGACCAGGCUGAGGGGACGCCGGCCCGGGAAGAGGCGCGGCGAGAGGAACGGCCGCAGCGGGAGCCGGCUCACCGGCACUAGGCGCAGAGCCGCCAGCGCUCGGAAGCCCGCGGGGUGCGGGAGUGGGAGCAGCAAAUAAAAGAACAAAAGGAAAAAUAUGCCUGAAUGGGGCAAAUAAACUGGAGGGGAAUUGUAGAAUUAGUGGAAAUCUGGAAAGGCUCCUAAAGGCUUCGUUUUCUAAAAGAAAGAACUGAGGCUCAGAGAGGUUCUUCAGCUUAUUCCAUGUCACACAGAGUUCUUUUGUAGGAUUAUCCUUUGGAAUGAUAUUUUCAUAAUGAGUCAACAAGGUUACGUGGCUACACCCUCAUAUUCUCAGUCCCAGUCUGGAAUAGGCCUUUCUCCACCUCAUUACGGGCACUAUGGGGAUCCAUCACACACAGCAUCUCCAACAGGUAUGAUGAAGCCAGCAGGGCCUUUGGGGGCCACUGCCACUGGAGCGAUAUUGCCUCCAGGUCCUCCACCUCCUGGACCCCAUCAGUUUGGCCAGAAUGGAGCUCAUGCUGCUGGUCACCCUCCCCAAAGAUUUUCAGGCCCUCCACCUGUCAACAAUGCGGCAUCCUCAUAUGCACCAUACCAACCCUCUGCACAAUCAUCUUAUCCAAAUUCUAUGUCCACUUCAUCUGUCACCCAGAUGGGCAGCCAGCUCAGUGCUAUGCAAAUUAACAGCUAUGGUUCAGGCAUGGCUCCUCCAAGCCAGGGACCCCCUGGCGCUCUGUCAGCCACAUCAUUCCAGACUCCUCCACGACCUCCACAGCCAUCCAUUUUGCAGCCUGGAUCUCAGGUUCUUCCACCACCACCCGCCACACUCAAUGGUCCUGGUGCUUCACCUUUGCCUCCACCAAUGUACAGGCCAGAUGGGCUCACUGGACCUCCUCCUUCAAAUGCCCAGUACCAGUCCCCGCCUCUUCCAGGCCAGACCCUGAGCGCUGGAUAUCCUCCACAGCAGGCAGCCAACUCUGGCCCCCAGAUGGCAGGCACACAGCUCUCUUACCCAGGAGGCUUCCCUGGAGGUCCUGCACAGAUGGCUGGUCCACCACAGCCCCAGAAGAAGCUGGAUCCUGACUCUAUCCCUAGCCCAAUUCAGGUGAUUGAGAAUGAUAGAGCCAGCAGAGGAGGACAAGUUUAUGCCACCAACACCAGAGGCCAGAUCCCUCCCCUGGUCACUACAGAUUGUAUAAUACAAGACCAAGGAAAUGCCAGUCCUCGAUUCAUCCGUUGCACAACAUACUGUUUUCCAUGCACGUCAGAUAUGGCAAAGCAAGCUCAGAUUCCAUUAGCUGCUGUCAUCAAACCGUUUGCCACCAUUCCUUCAAAUGAGACUCCCCUUUACUUGGUAAAUCACGGCGAGAGUGGACCAGUCAGAUGCAAUAGGUGCAAGGCCUACAUGUGCCCAUUUAUGCAGUUCAUCGAAGGAGGAAGGAGAUAUCAGUGUGGAUUUUGCAACUGUGUGAAUGAUGUUCCACCGUUCUACUUCCAACAUCUGGACCACGUUGGAAGAAGACUAGACCACUAUGAGAAACCAGAGUUAUCUCUAGGAUCUUAUGAAUAUGUUGCCACUUUGGAUUAUUGCAGAAAGAAUAAGCCUCCCAACCCACCAGCCUUCAUCUUCAUGAUUGAUGUUUCAUAUAGUAACAUAAAGAAUGGACUUGUCAAGCUCAUAUGUGAAGAACUGAAGACCGUGCUGGAAAAACUUCCAAAGGAAGACCAAGAAGAGACGUCUGCAAUUCGAGUGGGUUUUAUCACAUAUAACAAAGUUCUCCAUUUCUUUAAUGUGAAGAGUAAUUUGGCCCAGCCUCAGAUGAUGGUAGUGACUGAUGUUGGAGAAGUCUUUGUUCCUCUGUUGGAUGGUUUCCUUGUGAACUAUCAAGAAUCCCAAUCUGUGAUUCAUAAUUUGUUGGACCAGAUUCCAGACAUGUUUGCAGACUCUAAUGAAAAUGAGACUGUCUUUGCUCCUGUCAUCCAGGCCGGCAUGGAAGCACUAAAGGCAGCAGACUGUCCUGGGAAGCUGUUCAUCUUCCAUUCUUCCUUGCCAACUGCUGAAGCACCAGGAAAGCUCAAAAACAGAGAUGACAAAAAACUGGUUAAUACAGAUAAAGAGAAGAUACUUUUCCAGCCCCAAACAAAUGUGUAUGACUCAUUGGCCAAGGACUGCGUGGCUCACGGCUGCUCUGUCACCCUUUUCCUCUUUCCCAGUCAGUAUGUGGACGUGGCCUCACUGGGGCUGGUUCCUCAGCUCACUGGAGGAACCCUUUACAAAUACAGCAAUUUCCAGAUGCACUUGGAUAGCCAACAAUUUUUGAAUGACCUCAGAAAUGAUAUUGAAAAGAAAAUAGGCUUUGAUGCUAUUAUGAGGGUUCGUACCAGCACAGGUUUCAGAGCCACUGAUUUCUUUGGUGGAAUCUUGAUGAACAACACCACCGAUGUAGAAAUGGCUGCCAUCGACUGUGACAAGGCAGUUACUGUGGAGUUCAAGCACGAUGACAAACUCAGUGAAGACAGUGGAGCCUUAAUCCAGUGUGCUGUGCUUUACACGACAAUCAGUGGUCAAAGAAGACUUCGGAUUCACAAUCUUGGCUUAAACUGCAGCUCCCAGCUGGCUGAUCUUUAUAAGAGCUGUGAAACAGAUGCUCUUAUGAACUUCUUUGCCAAGUCAGCUUUUAAAGCAAUUCUCCACCAGCCUUUGAAGGUCAUCCGGGAAAUUCUAGUUAAUCAGACUGCCCAUAUGUUGGCAUGUUACCGAAAGAAUUGUGCCAGUCCUUCUGCAGCAAGCCAGCUUAUUCUACCAGAUUCCAUGAAAGUAUUGCCAGUGUACAUGAACUGUUUGUUGAAAAACUGUGUGCUGCUCAGCAGACCAGAGAUCUCAACCGAUGAGCGGGCAUUCCAGAGACAGCUGGUCAUGACCAUGGGUGUGGCUGAUUCUCAGCUUUUCUUCUACCCACAACUUCUGCCCAUACACACUUUAGAUGUCAAGAGUACAACAUUACCUGCUGCUGUUCGUUGCUCGGAGUCCCGUCUUUCAGAAGGAGGAAUAUUCUUACUGGUCAAUGGUCUACACAUGUUCCUGUGGUUGGGAGUAAGCAGCCCACCAGAACUGAUCCAAGGAAUAUUUAAUGUGCCAUCUUUUGCACAUAUCAACACAGAUAUGACACUGCUGCCUGAGGUAGGAAACCCAUACUCUCAACAACUCAGAAUGAUAAUGGGUAUUAUCCAACAAAAGAGGCCAUAUUCAAUGAAGGUAAGAAAACGAUUUUAUUUUUUCCCUUUCUCCAUGCAUACCUUAUGUUUUUAUGUUGUGAUCUUUGAUUUUAAAAAUUCACACCAUCACAAAUCUUAAAAAACAAAAACAAACAAAAAAAAAACCUCACAUUAACCUUACAUAUAAGUAAGUAUAUAUACCUGCUUAUCAGUCACAAACAUAAACAGCUAUUACCAUGGGUUAACUACGGGGUAUCUUAGUCAGUAUUAACCUUACAAUUUAAUAGCAAUUGGUAUCAUUAAAAGACUUUGAAAUGACUUUUCUUUUGGUGCCUAAAGUUAAUUAAUUAUAGAAGUAUCAUUUAGAACAUUUGUAAGAUUUAUUACAAUGUUUAAUUUAUGAUCUCUGAAAAGUUUUGUUAUUCUUGUCCUUCCAAGCCCGUCUAGCCUUUUCCGAGUUUGAGUAAAAGAAUUUAAUAUGUCUAAAACCCAAAAAAAUUAAAACUUGUUGCCAACUUCCAGAUACUUACUUGUCUUCCUUCCCAAGCUCAAUAUUAGAGUCUCCUGGGAUCUGGAAUGUUUAGAUGAUGAUGUGCUGUGUAACACUGCUUACUGAAGAGCUAUAAGACACUCACCUGGAGGCAUGUGUCUACAAGUCCCAGGGUAUUUAUGGAGCCAGAUGUCUCCUGAAAUGUAAAUGUGAUGUCAAUCUAAACCAACAUUCGUAACUUUGAAAGUAACUCAUGCAUGCAAACAUCAACUUUAGGUAGAGCUUAGGUAAACUGAACUAAUGACAUCUGGAUGAAUAUAGAACUUUUCUAGAACAGUUGUCACACCACACAGCACCUAUGUGGGUUCAGUUUAAGGGCAGGACCUAGAGAUGACACACAAGGCUCAACUAAACACAUUCUUUUAAGAUUUGGUUACACGUUUUUCUAGGGCAUUCUGUCUGAACACCCUAGAAACAUGUAACCAAAUCUUGAGUCUCUUGAAAUGCAAAUUGAAAACCACCAGUAUUUAGAAUGCACAGCAAUAAUGAUUCACCUUCAUCCCAGCUCCAGCUGCAGCAACUGCAUCCCUCUAUUUGCAGAGAAGAGGCACGACUAAGCAUAGAGAUCAUCCCUAUCCUUAGUAGUUCCUCCUUCAGGGAAAAAAAUAAAACUUUCCUCUGCUUUCUCCUACCUGUUCCAACCUCUUAUCAAAGUUAUGUCAGCUUUGGUUAUAAAAGCAUCUGGGGGUAAGCUUCAAAAUAUUAUAUGUGAAUAAAAUAUUAAGCAACUGUGUAAUAAAACAAUUUUAGCUUGAAUAAAGAAUUAGAUUUUCUUAUGUACCACCUGCAAAUUUGUCCAUCUGUUCAUAGAGUGCUAUGUCUAUAAAGAAUUUGAAAUCUAAAAUCUACAGAUGUCAGAGCCGAAAGGAAUCUGCGAGAUGCCUGGCUCCUUACACCUGCACAUCACAGACAUGAAAGUGAGGUUCAAAUGAGCUCACUAGCAUGAUCAGGGUCUCACAGCUGGAUCAUAGAAGAUACACGGCUUGUACUAGCUGCUUAGUCCCAGUGCACUUAGCAUUACACCUUUUCUCUGACACUUGAAAACUGACCAAACAAAGGAAAUGAAAACAUACUUUUAAAGGGUUAAGAUUAAGGAGGAGAAAAGAGCUGGUAUGGAAGGAUCAAGAAUAACAAAAUCAAAUCUAGAAGGAACUGCACCUUCUAGGUUAUGCUAAUUACGUUUUUAAAAAAUGAGUCCUCUUAGAACUUAUUGUCGGAUUAUUCUCAUAUGUGUGGGGGAACAACAACAACAAAAAAGAUUUCUACCACAGUGUGUCUCCAGAUGACUGAAACCCAGUGCCCUCCUGAUAAAUGCCAGUCCUGCCCUGCAUGGUUCUCUGUGCUUCAAAUGUUUUUCAUUCGCUCUCGUUCCACUUGUAUUUUCUGGAUUACUCCUUCCCCACUGGCCCUUUUCCACAGUUUACAAACUGUUCAAAUCUACCUUCAUUGAAGCUGCCACUUCUCCGAGAUCCUGCUUCCCUUUCCUUUCAUUCAUUCUACAAAUAUUUAUUGAACACCAGCAUUAUACCAAACAUUCACCAACCAAGCUCCUUGAAGAACUCUGUAUUAACUGCUCUUUCCUUCUUCUCAUCAGUCCAGUUCUCUGUAAACUGCCAAACUGCUAAAGACAAUUGAUUCUCAACCCUUUUACAGCAUUUACAAGGUUGACUACUUCCUCAAAUUCUCUCUUCUGUCAGCUUUCAAAACACCUCCUACUCCUGAUUCUUCUUUCUCAGUGACCCUUUUUCGUUGGCUUCUCUUCCUUCAUCUGCCUCUUAAGAGUUGGUAUUCCCCUAAAGUUGUACCAUGGCUCUCUUCUUUUCUCACUCAACAUGUUCUAUGCACAUUCAUUCUUUAAGGCCUCUGGUAAUGUGACCCAGAGAAUGUCACAUUCAGAGUUAGCCAGUCAUUCCUUGGAGAGGGCACACAAGAAGCAAGGAGGUAACAAGCAGUGAUUAUUUUAAUGUUCUCCUCCUACUCUACAGGGUCAUCCCCCUCCCUAUAGAAAUAUAAAGCGGGGAAAUAAACACAGAUCUACCAAUCCACACCAGUAUGUUUUCCUUUUAUUGGUGUGGGUGUGCCCCGUGAGGAGGCGACCAUCACUAUGUCAAGACAGGCCAACACUACUUCCACGAGUCCACUCCCCUGAGACCUUCCACUAUACUUUCUGUGUCAUCCUGGCACCUGUAGAUAAUCAAAUGGUAGGGUAGGAUAUUCAUCACUGUAGCUUCAAGUUAAGUUUCUCCCAAGGCUGAAAUUCAUUCCCUGUUCUACUUACCACCUCCACUCAUAGCCAGAUUCUUUGUCAGAGGAGGUUGUACAGUGAGCACCACACA